AUGGAGAAGACCAAAGCAUUUAAAUGCUUCGGAACAGAAGAUCCAUUACCAGAUUUAAUUAAACGAACAAAUAAAUAUCUAUUAGAUCUACGAUUGGCUAAAUGGAUUACUCAAAAGCAAUAUGAAAAAUUAUGUAUUAAUCCAAAUGAAGUUGAGCUUGCACAUUUAUAUUAUUUGCCAAAAGCUCACAAACCUGGUACUCAUCUCCCUAGUCGAACAUCUUGUAAGUAA